AUGGCCGACGCCCCCCCAGCCAAACGCCUCAAAACAACCACCUCCGCCAAAACCAAACACAACCUCUCCCCCACCUCCCUCCAAGCAGCAACCCUCUCAUCCCUCUUCGCAAACCCCGACAAGCCCAUCCCCCUCCCCACCGGCCCCCAAAAGAAACACCUCCCCCCGCCCCCAGAAAUAAGGAUAAGAAAGGACGAGGAAAAGACGCGGAAGAACAGGGAGAAGAGGAAUAAGAAGAAGCAGAAUAAGGGGAAGGGAGGUGGGAAUAAAGGGGGGACGCCGCAGCCAACUACUACCGCGGGUGGGAAGGAGGGGGAUAAGAAAGGUGACGGUGGUGAUAAAGUGGCUGGAAAUGGGACAGAGAAGUGGGAUGCAAAGGAGUCGACAACACUACAACCACCCGCUGUCCCAGUCGCCCAAGGGGUGGGGUUGGUCAUCUGCGAUGAUGAUUGA